CAAGGCAUAUUUCAAAAUGACAGCGAAUAAGUUUGCGAAAACAAAUUCUACUCUUACCAAUUUAGUGUUCACUGCCACCAGUAACAGUGUUCUGGCAGCGAUCUUUCGCAACAAAGCGUCCCAACGGAAGAAAUAAAUAAAAACAAUCAAUUAAUUGAAUUAUUGGCAAAAAUCUAAAAACAAGCAUUUCUGUUAUUAAUUAAUUGCAAAUUUAAACGAACAGUGUUAGAAAAGGGGUGGGUGUUACGCGAAUCAAAUUUCUAAUUUAAAAGAAAAGUACAUACAUCAACAAGUAGCAACAAUGCACGACGAACGUCUAAAGGAAUUCCUUAAACCAUUAGUACUGAGUGACUCUCAGUUACAGGAAGUGUUUAAACGUUUUUGCAAUGAAAUACGCAAGGGCUUGUCACAGACCGAACACAGUCAAGCGGAUACCAAGUGUUAUGUGACCUACGUUCAGAAUUUGCCCACAGGCGAUGAAGUGGGUAAAUAUUUAGCUUUGGAUUUGGGUGGCACAAAUUUUCGCGUUUUACUAGUCACUUUGAAAGGACAUCAUGAGGCUGUUGUUGAAUCAAUGAUUUAUGCCAUACCCAAGGAAAUAAUGUUGGGUCCUGGAGAACAACUAUUCGAUCAUAUUGCUAACUGUUUAUCUAUUUUUGUGGAAGAGCAUAAAGUGGGUAAUGAACUCUUGCCAUUGGGAUUCACAUUCUCAUUUCCAUGCGUCCAACUUGGUCUAACCAAGGCCCUCUUGGUGCGUUGGACCAAGGGAUUCCAAUGUUCGGGUGUAGAACAAGAAGAUGUGGGUCGCUUACUAAAGGAGGCCAUUGCACGUAGAGGAGAUUGUGAAAUCCAUGUAAUGGCAAUUCUUAACGACACAACUGGCACUCUAAUGUCGUGUGCUCAUCGUAAUCCUGAAUGUCGCAUUGGUGUGAUCGUGGGCACCGGUUGCAAUGCCUGCUAUGUGGAACGUGUUGAGGUUGUCGAUUUGCUGGAGCCAGAAUAUAAAACAACAAAUAAUAAUGUUUUAAUAAACACCGAGUGGGGUGCUUUCGGCGAUAGCGGUCUAUUAGACUUUAUUCGCACAGAUUACGACAAAAUAAUUGAUAAAAAAUCUCUAAAUAUCGGCACUCAACUGUAUGAGAAAAUGAUUUCCGGAAUGUAUUUGGGCGACCUAGUGCGUUUAAUAUUAAUCGAUGCCAUUGGACAGAAUUUAAUAUUUGUACUGUCACAAAACAAACAGGAAUUUAUUAAGAAAUUAACCAGUGAAACUGAAUGUUUCGAAACUAGUAUGAUUUCGGACAUUGAAGCUGACACAUUUCCCGAGUGUAAGAAAACUCGCCAUAUAAUUAAACAAUUGUUUGGCAUUGAAAGGCCAUCCGUAGAAGAUUGUCAAAAACUGCGUUAUAUUUGUGAAUGUGUAUCAAUUCGUGCAGCUAGUUUGGUGGCAGUGGGCAUAAGUGGCUUAAUAAAUCGAAUCAACGAACCCAAAGUGGUGGUUGGUAUUGAUGGUUCGGUGUAUAGAUUUCAUCCUAAAUUUGAUGCCUACAUGAGAUCGGCCAUUAAAAAAUUAAUCAAUCCAAAAAUACAAUUUGAUUUGAUGCUUUCAGAGGAUGGUUCUGGCAGAGGCGCAGCGCUAGUAGCAGCCGUGGCUAGUCAAAAUGAUUAAAUUAUUAUUAGUAGAAUUUAUUGAAGAUAAUGUAUUUUUGUUAUAAAAUUAGAAACCAAAAAUUAAAUAAUUUACUAUGUAUAAUGUUUUAAGGAACAAGUUUGACUUGAUAGUGUAUUGUAACUUUUAAAUUUAAUAAAUUGUAAACAUAAACAUAUA